AUGGGGGUGGGCGUUCUCAGAGGGCCUUCCGCCCAUCCUCCCUCCGCUCCGCCCCCGUGCAAGCUGCCUCGGCGCCCCCCGGACCUCUCCUCCCGUCUCGCCGCCGUGCUGCAAAACAUCAACCCGCCGCGCUCUGCGCCCUCCCCCUGGCCACCCUUCCCCCCCUCGACCAAGCCGGGCCUUUCUUCUCCUGCCACGCCCGCAGCUCCCGCUGCGCCUGCACCUCCCUCUGCCAGUGCGUGUACCGCGGCAGCUCGCAUAGAGGCGCGUGAGAGCAGGCUCGUGGUUGGAGGCAGUCGGGGAGACGCGAGUGGUUUUAUGGGCUCAACACUUGUCUCCUCUACUGUUCACACCAGCGACGCUGCUGUUUAUGGAUAUGACCAGCGAGUGCAGUGGCCAGCAUCCGUUCCGGACAACAAUGCACUUGGCAGAAACCGCCUCAGUGCAGCGCACAGCAACCCACUGAGGAGUGCCCGGAACAGCGCAUUGCAGAGCGCAGCAAGCAGGGCGUCUGUCACCGCCCCCCACGUUGUUGCCUUCGGCCCCGAGAGGCCCCUGCGAGUGGAUGCGUCGGGCAUGCUGCCGCUGCCUGCCUGCGGUGCGAGGGAGGGCAUGCUGAAGCAGCAGCUCAUGGCUCUGGCUGAAGCCAUGGCUGUUGAUGACUCGGUGC